AUGUUACAAUGGGUGAUUCAAUUUUUAUGGCUAAGUGUUGUUUUAUCUCACAAAGAGCAUCUGAUUACAAAUUGUUUGUGGCAUAAUAACACAUGUGUCGACGCGUGUCCUGAAUGGAUGGUGAUGAAGAAAAGCGAUUGCAAGCAGGCAUACUGGAUAGCGCAGCAAACUUGUGAACAGCCCGAGCCGGCACUGAUCGAUGUGUCCUGUGGAUUUGCUCGCUGCGACUGUCCAGAGCCUAUGGUACUGGAUACGUACUCCGGCUACUGCUAUGAUAUCGACAACUGUCCUACAAGACAUUUUGAAUAG